CACUUCAAUUUCAGGUACGGGGCCAACUUCGCCAUCACCUAUGCCACCGCGCUCGACACGCCCUACUUCGAGGCCAGGGGCCUCGGCACCGUCGUCUGGAACUCCGGCGCCCUCAUUGGCAUAUUUCCAACACUCAUGACCCAAAUCCAGUGGUUCCGUGACCUCAAGCCCUUCUUCUGCAACUCCACCAAGGAGGAGUGCAAGGAGUUCUACGCCAACUCGUUGUUUGUCGUCGGGGAGUUCGGUGGCAAUGACUACAACGCGCCCCUUUUUCCAGGGAAGGGCCUCACAGAGGCCUACAAGUUCAUGCCCGAUGUCAUCCAGGGCAACUCCGACGGCGUCGAGGAAUUGAUCGCCGAGGGGGCAGUGGAUCUCAUUGUGCCAGGGGUGAUGCCCACCGGGUGCUUCCCCGUCUACCUGAACAUGCUCGACAUCCCAGCCCACGAGUAUGGCGCACGGAGCGGGUGCAUCCGUCAGUACAACACCUUCUCAUGGGUGCACAACGCACACCUCAAGAAAGCGCUCGAGAAGCUCCGGCCCAAGUACCCCAAUGUGCGGAUCAUCUACGGCGACUACUACACACCGGUUCUCCAGUUCAUGCUCCAGCCUGAGAAGUUUGGUUAG